AUGUCAAGGGGAUCAAGUUUAGCGCCGUUGACCACUUACGUUCUCAAAGAACCGAGUCUUACCGAAAGGGCAGAGCCCUUUGACUCUCAGGACAGCUAUAACCCUGAAACGCCAAUCGCCAUUGAUUUUGGUUCAAGCGAAGUUAGAGCAGGCUUUGGGAACCAAGAAGAACCAUCGCAUGUAUUCCCAAACCGCAUAGCUAGAUGGAGGGAUCGAAAGAAGAACAAGAACUUGACCUUCAUCGGAAACGACACAAACCUGGAUUUGAGUAUACGACUGCAAGCCAAAAGUCCAUAUGAUGGUGCUAUUGUGUCAAACUGGGAUUACACAGAAGAGAUUUUGGAGUACACAUUCCACCACUUAGGUGUAAAUAACCAGGAUGGCGUUCCUAAUCCAAUUUUGAUGACAGAAAGGCUGGCAACGCUUCAAGCGCAAAGAGAAAACUGGUACCAAUUACUUUUUGAAUGCUAUGGCACUACUCAAGUUACGUUUGGACUGGAUAGUUUAUUUUCGUUCUACGCAAACAACGAUCCUUCUGCUUCGGGCCUAGUAAUUAGCAGCGGUAAUGAAGACACGCAUAUCAUACCUGUCGUAGAAGGAAAAGGAAUACUCAGUGAAGCGAAAAGGAUUAAUUGGGGCGGUCGUCAUUCAGUUGAUUAUUUGUCUAAUCUUUUGGCUUUGAAAUAUCCUUACUUUCCAAUCAAACCUUCUCCUCAACAAUUUCAGUCCCUUUACUACGAUCAUUGCUAUACUUCCCCCAAUUAUCAACAAGAGAUUCAAACGAUUCUAAGUAUGGAAGAACUUGAGACUAAAAAUGUUGUAAUAGAGGCUCCCUUUUCAGAAAUUGUUCAACAGGAGAAAUCCGAAGAGGAGCUCCGCCUGCAAGCCGAAAAGAGAAGAGAGACAGGGAAGAGGUUACAGGAACAGGCUAGGCAAAGGCGUGUAGAGAAGCUCGCUCAGAAAGAGGAAGAGUAUGAAUACUAUUCUCAGCUUAAAGAACAAAUGAAAGAUCAGCCAAAAAAGGCCAUACUAUCAACCUUACAAAGUGCUGGUUUUGAUGACGAGCAAGACUUUCGGAAAUACUUAAGCGGGUUAGAAAAAACAUUGAAGAAAGCUCAAGUUCUGGAAACAGGCGACGAAGAAAAUGAAAAUGAAGCCAACAAAUUCGAAUUGGUAGACAUACCAGACGAGCAACUUGAUGAAGAACAGAUAAAAGAGAAACGAAAGCAAAGGCUCUUGAAGGCAAACUUAGAUGCACGGAUAAAAGCGAAGGAAGAAAGGAUCAAGAAAGAGCAAGAAGAAGAAGAAGCUAGACAAAAGGAUGAAAAUUGGCGCAAGGAAAAUUUGGCCGAUUGGAUCAAGGAGAAGAGGAAAAACUUGGGAGAACUGAUAGAAUCGCGAAAGCAGAAGCUGAAAAUCAAGUCAGACAUGAGAGACAGAAAGUCUCAUGCUGCGCAGAAACGUAUGAAAAAUAUCGCGACUCUUGCGGAAGAAAAUUCUCGCUCUGGAACGAAACGAUCAAGACUAGUUGCUACUGUUGAUAAUGAUCCAAAUGACACAUUUGGUGCAAAUGACGAAGACUGGCUUGUUUAUAAUGACAUAACCUCCAAUCCGGAGGCUCUUGACCAAGCAAUCGAAGAUGAAUAUAAUGCCAUCAUCGAACUGGAGAGACUGUUGCUAGAGUUCGAUCAAAAUUUCACGGAAGAAGACACUUUAGACGCGCAAUAUGACUGGAGAAACUCUACUCUUCAUCUCUUUUUGAGAGGUCCCAGACCACAUGAUGGUGAAGAUAUCAACCAACAACAUCAAAUGCAUUUGAAUAUUGAGAGAAUCAGAGUCCCAGAAGUCAUAUUCCAGCCAUCAAUGGGUGGCUUGGAUCAAGCAGGAAUCACAGAGAUCUGCGAAACUGUGCUCCUCAAAAAAUUCGGUUCAUCUAGACGUGGGUUGAGUCCAAUCACUCGGAACCUGGCAUCUAAUGUGUUCCUAACGGGAGGUAACAUGAGGUUACCAGGCAUGAGGGAAAGGAUUGUUUCGGAGUUUACUGGUCUUUUACCAAUCAACAGCCAGCUGCGUGUUAAUUUAGCGAAGAGCCCCACUGUAGAUGCUUGGAAGGGUAUGGCUAAGUUGUCGCGGUCAGGUACAGCAUAUGAAAAAACUGCUGUAACGAGGGAAGAAUACUAUGAGUACGGGGCAGACUACAUCAAGGAACACAACUUGGGUAAUAUUGGGCAUGUAUAA